UCGUUCACUUCAAAGAGUCGUCUCAAGCAGCCGAUUCGUUCGCGACCGACACGUCAUCCACCUCCGUCGUCGGUCACUUCCUGUUUACAUUUCCAGAAUCAAACGAAAUCGAAACAAACUCCUCAAAUAUUCAAUUGUGACGCCUGGAUUCUGAUAUUGAAGUCUGCCAACUACGAAGCAGGUGGCCGCAGAGGGGAAGUCGACCAGACUUCCAGCUAGCAUGUUUAUAUGCGAAGACUGAGCCAUAUUAGCCAAAGAGCUAACUUAAGCUAACGCCGUUGACUGGUUGUUAAACGUCGACUUCACAAUAGGAUUGCUUUAUUAACUUAUUUUCUUUGGAGGCCAUUAUGGAGAAUAAAUAUAAUCUCAAGAGUCCAGCGGUAAAGAGGUUGAUGAAAGAGGCUGCUGAAUUGAGAGAUCCUACAGAGCACUACCAUGCCCAACCAUUGGAAGACAACCUGUUUGAGUGGCACUUCUCCGUACGUGGUCCCCCAGAUUCAGAUUUUGAUGGUGGGGUUUACCAUGGCAGGAUUGUGCUUCCCCCUGAAUACCCCAUGAAGCCUCCCAGCAUCAUACUUCUUACACCAAAUGGAAGAUUCGAAGUUGGGAAGAAGAUUUGUCUGAGCAUUUCUGGUCACCAUCCAGAGACCUGGCAGCCCUCAUGGAGCAUACGAACUGCUCUAAUUGCCAUAAUUGGAUUCAUGCCAACGAAAGGAGAGGGUGCAAUUGGAUCCCUUGAUUACACACCAGAAGAGAGGAGGGUCCUUGCAAAAAAGUCCCAGGACUUUUGCUGUGAGACGUGCAAUUGUUCAAUGCACUCCGCACUCUUGGCUUUGACCCCCAACAGCAACCCCAGCCCAGGGGACCACAUGGCAAAAGAGCUAGCUCAACAAAUCAACUUCAAGACUGAGUCCAGUUCAUCAAGUCACCAAGCAAGAGGGAGUGAAGGUGCGAACAGUGAAGCUUCUACUCUUACCCAGGAAGGCACCUCCACUUCUGAUGUCCCGGAAGCUGGUGAUGGACCCCCUACUGAGCCUGAGCAGGCAGAGGUGUCUUCAACUACUGAAGAGGAGAGACCACCAUCUCCUCACCCUGUCGGCCCCCGGCAGCGUCACACCCAACAGGCCCAAAGAGACACCACAGACGCCCCAAACAGGCCAGCCUUCAUUGCAGCCACUCACCAGCCGCAAGAUGAGAGUCACACCGGCUCAGUCGUGCUUAUCGUGGUGCUCACUUUUGCUCUAGCUGCUCUUAUCUUCCGUCGGAUUUACCUGGCCAAUGAGUACAAGUUCGAUUACGAGCUGUGACAUGCAGCUCUUGCAUGUGUGUCAGUCCCUCCAUGCCACCGAUGAGGUUGCGCAGGCACUGGAAAUGACGUUGUGUAUUCUCUUUUCUCAUUAGCACUGGGUCCGCUCACCUUUAUGCCGCUUACUCCUGCAGUAGAGCCCACAAACCACAGUACCUUCUCAGUGAUUUGAAUCAGCGUGAUUUGUUUCAUAUAUUUUUAAGAGGCGGGAUAUCUUUUUGUGUUUACCAACCACUCAAACACACCUUUUUUUAAUGAUAGAACCUGAGACCCCCUCCAUUAUUUAAUGAAAUGGAAAUACACUAUCAAAAAGAUGACAUUUUUUGCGGACUCCUACAAAAAUUAAACAGUGUUGUUCAAUCGCAGCAUAGGCCACCAUUUUAGGCACUUGUGGUUUGCUACUCUGGUUCGUCCGGACCAAAAAUGUAAAAAAAAAAAAAAAAAAAAAAAGUGCGCAGUUUGGUGAGGUUCCUUUAGCGUUCACACUGGUAUUUUUGUUCUGGGACCAAAGACUGCGUAGUAAGAAAUAUGAUGCAUAUAUAAUGUAAGUAACAACUUGAUUGGUUAGCUUAUUACGUGACAGAACUCAAAUAUUCCAAACCAAAAUCAUUGGUUAUUUUUAUAUUCUGCUAUAUUUAACAGCUUCGAUUUCACCAAAAGCUAUUAAUGUGUACUUUUAAAGAGCACCAUUGUCUCACACACACACACACACGCACACACACCCCCCCCCCCCCCGAGGGACAGAGCAGAGCAAAGAGAGCACUUUCAAUGCAUUUUCUCUUAGGCUGCACUCACACUUGUGAGUCGGUAAGCAUUCACAAAGGUUGUGCGGUUAAAAAAAAAAAAGGACUUGAUUGGGUUUAAGCUUUUGUGACUGAUAACUUGACAUAACACAAAUACUCCCAACCAAAAUGCCGUUAGCAGGGUUGAAAAGCUUCUAAAAUACAGUAGAAACCCGGGUUACGUUCUGGGACCACCAGCAAAUGGCAAAAAUCUGCGAGUAAUUGAUACACCCAUAAAUAUAUCAUAUUUCUGACACACGGCUCGCUCCUCCCCCUCCAAAACCUCCUGAUAGCUUUCUCCUCUGACUUUGAAUCGACAUUUUCAAUAAAAGUGUAAUUAUUACAUUACGCUCCGGGACACUCCCCUUCUCUCUUCUAUAUGUGUCGCACACUUACCAAACACAUUUGAGGUAUAAAAUGUAUAAAUACUCCCCACUAACGAAUGCUCAUGUAAGAUGAUACAUGAACACAUGGAAUCAGAGUCGCGGUGUUGAAGUAAUACAUAAGCAGAGGUGCAAGCCUCUAGUAAGUCUCAAGUCUUUAAUCCCUCUCAAGUCUCAAGGAAAGACGUGCAAGUCCAAGUCACGUCUCAAAUCAAGACAAGACGGGUUGAGUUAAGUCCGAAGUCAUAGGCUUGAAAUUUUCGCAUCCUGAUGUUAAUCGCUGUGACUCUCAACUCUCAAGCAGUCUGGCACUCACAGAAAUGUAAGCCACACUCUCGUUGUUUGUUCUUUGUCCUUACUGGAUUCAUUCCAUAAGGCAGAUUCUGUGGGAAAAUUUGGUGUCCAGCUGGCAAUGACAUAAUAGCAGUCAUUUUAGUUGAAUACUCUGAAUGGGGACACAUCAAGAACAUGCUGCUCAAAUGAUUAGCAAUUGUUCACAAAAAUGGCAAAACUGACAAAACAACACGAGUAAACACAAUACCAGAUUCAAAAAAAUAUGAAAUUGCCAUAAAACCUGAGCCCAUUGUCUUCAUUGGCAGGUUCGCCAACAUCGACUUAAGUGGACAUUUUUAGUAAUAAGAGUAUGGAGGACCAGGACUUGAUGAGUUGGUCGACAAAGACUGGUUGUCAACAUAGACGGUGUCAAUUUAGAUGAGUUCCAAUGUAUCUAACUGUGACAACGGAUGAUCAUCUGUCUUCUGAUGACUUUAAGCAUAGCAGGGAUGGUAAAAGUUCUGACAAACUACCAUAAAGUGGCAUUUGGGAUUGCAUCAAGGACUGUGAUACAGCAUCUGUCGCUGUUCUGCAAGUCCCUGCUUGUUUAAAUUGAAGCAAAUACUUAACCACUUCCUGUUUGUCAUCUCUAGGGACUUUGAGGAACUGGGAGAUUUUUUUUUGUUUAAUUAAUUUUUCACACAGCUUGCCGUCUUUUAACAAGUACAGAAACAGCAGCAUAUAAAUAGCUAAGAGGCCCAGUACACCCAGCAGUCUACCCGUGAUAUACAGCAUUUUAUGAAGCUCUGGAGCUCCAUGUUAGCUCUCACCUGGUUGGUGAGAGCCCAAGAGAUCAUCACCCCAGAAUUAUGAAGUGUCAAGGGAGCACAGUCACCAUUAGUAACACACUUGGAUUGAAAUCCUACAGUGCCCGCAAGGUGCAAGGUCGCCCUGAUCAAGAAGACAUGUACAGACCCGUCUGAGGUUUGCCAAUCAACACCUGACUGUCUCACACAAGCCUUGGGAGAAUGGGAUGUGGUCUAGACCAAAUUUGAGCUCAUUGGCAUCAACUCGAAAUACUGAGUAUGCCCCCAAAAUCACCAGUCCUACUGUCAAGCAUGGAGGUGGAAACAUUCUACUGAUUCUCUGUUAAGGGUACAAGAAGACUACACCACACUGAGGGGGCCAAUGAACGGUCUUUGUACUAUACAAUCUUGGGUGAGAACCUCCUGGCUCCAACCAGAACACUGAGGAUGGGUCUUUGAACGUGACAAUGACCCAAAACAUAUGGUGAAAGCAAAAAGAAGAGUGGCUCAAAAGAAGUGCAUUAAGAUCUGCAGUGGCCUAGCUAGUCUCCAGACCUUAAUCCCGCAGAACAUCUGCGGAGAACACUGAAGAUGGGUCAAAGGUGAGUCCUCCAGAAUGACAAUAAUCCAAAACAUGUCUGAGGCAACAGAAAAGAAUGGCUCAAGAAGAUGCACAUUAAGAUCCUGGAGUGGCUUAACCAGACUCCAGACCAUAAUUCCAUAGAACAUCUGUGGAGAACACUGAAGAUGGGUCGAGGGUGGGUCCUCCAGAAUGACAAUAACCAAAAUGUAUGGCUGAGGCAACGAGUGAUUCAAGAAUAUGCACAUGAAGAUCCUGGAGUGGCUUAACCAGUCUCCAGACCUUAUUUCCCAUAGAACAUCUGUGGAGAACACUGAUUGGUUGAGGGUGGUCCCUCCAGAAUUACAAUAACCCAAAACAUAUGGCUGAGGCAGCAUAAGAGUGGCUCAAGAAGACACACAUUGAAAUCUUCGAGUGGCUUAGCCAGUCUCCAGACCUUAAUCCCAUAGAAUAUCUGUGGAGAACACCGAUGAUGGGUCAAAGGUGGGUCCUCCAGAAUGACAAUAACUCAAAACGUAUGGCCGAGGCAACAAACGAGUGGCUCAAGAAGACACAAAUUGAUCCCCAUAGUACAUCUGGGGAGAACACUGAUGAUAGGUCAAAGGUGGGUCCUCCAGAACGACAAUAACCCAGAACAUACGGCGGGGGCAACAAAGUAGUGGUUCAAAAACGACACUCAGGACGUACUCACACUUGGCCCAUCCAUCUCCUGACCUCAGUAAAAGACAAUAUAGGUGGUAGCCAGUAAAUAUAAAAGAAUAAGAUGCAUUUUAUUUUAUUGUUUUAUGUACACUGUAUAAUAUUAGUUCUAUGGUCAAUGAUGACACCCCUUUUGCUUCAAUUCAGUGGCUGUAUGACUGAGGCGUAUUCUCUCGAUCAGCUGUUGUCUGUGUUUAUUUGCUUCAUUAAAGUGUUCUAAAAUGCA